CAAUGAGUCAGAGCUCAACCCCCGCAAGCACAACUAGGGGAGUACACACACACAUCCUCUCAGCCGAUUGGACUGAGUGCCCGAGUUAUAUUCCCGAACAAGGCAAAAAGAAAUGCAGUUUCUUUCAUCUGACAUCUCUCAGAUGAAAGAUGGUAAUGCUCACCUAGCAGUAAAAAAUAGUACCAGAAAGUUUGGCAGCUGCUUCGGGCUGCAUUCUGGGCAUGUAUGUGAGAGAGAGAAAUAUGUAGAAGAUGUAAUAGAAGACUCAAAUAUAAUAAGGUUGGGAAUCAGUACAUUCGACAACAUAUAGUUAGAAAAGCGGGGACCAAGAGCUAACAGCUGGAUACUGUAGGUACAAAUAGUAAAUACAAACCUCACAUCUUGCGUGUCACACACAAAUUUAGUCGUGGACCCCAAAAGACUCCAUAUAUUGAUAAUCAAUGAAGCACCUUUUUCACUAACUGUAAAUACUAUUGUUUUUAAAUCCGUGCAAUGUUGGGUUAGUCAGAGACCAUUUAAGAGCGCAGCUGUGUCAUCAAUAACAGAUACGAAGUGACGAGGCUACCGGUGGUGGCCCUUGCACCCUGUCGUGGCCCCCAGUGUCCGGAGAGGACGCAAGAAGUGUAGAGAAGACGCAAGAAGCAUGGAGAGGACGCAAUAAGUGUGGAGAGGACACAAGAAGUGUUGAGAGGACGCAAGAAGCAUGGAGAGGACGCAAUAAGUGUGGAGAGGACGCAAUAAGUGUGGAGAUGACACACGAAGUAUUGAGGGGACGCAAGAAGUGUUGAAAGGACGCAAGAAGUGUGUGGAGAAGACGCAAGAAGCGUGAAGAGAAUACAAGAAGUGUACCAAGACACGUACAAGUGGCUGACCAUAGUCAACUGGUGGAGGACGCAGGCCGAGCAAAUACUAAAUAAGGGGCUAAGAUUAUCACACCAGUUUAUGUGGAAGACAUCCUUGUCACAAGACUGAUGUAGAAUCAAAACUCUCAAUUCAAACUACCUUAGUAGAAGAAGUUGAUAAGUUGUAUAUGAAAUUACAACAUAAUCACUGAUGUUGGGAUGAUAAGCCUCAGUAAAGUCAACAGAAUUUCACUUGGGAUGAACUCAUCGAGAGAUGGAGACGGAAAUAUUACACCAAAUCCUAAUCAAAUCAGCAUAUACAGACGUAUCUUGAGUUCUAUCUUUCUGUGUUUUGAUUCAAUUUUUAAACCGCGACAUCUUACGACAGUAGCGGACAUUCCUAACUCGCAAGAUAUUGUACAAGCGCUCACCGGUCACUCCGUUGUCAACGUGCAGCCAAAGUAACCCACAAACGGGGUUUCGUUGGCAGGCAUUUGAGUUCAGCAUUGUGGAAAUGUUCAAAAUUUUCGCCAUCGGCUCAAUAUUAUAGGUUUCUAUAGUAUUUUUUCAAUCAAGGACGGAAGGAUUGUGCUCUACUCAGCAACUACGAUUAAUGACAGGGAAGGAGCGGAAAGAGGAGGGUGGCGCCACACCAGCCCAUUCCAGCGCCAGAGGCCAUGAUGCCGCCAAGCCGCCACAGGCCGCCCACACCCUCUGGCCCGACAGAGGGUCAACGUCCUGGGUGCUGGAGGAGAUCCUGAACCUCUCACAGCAGCUGCUGGCAGACAAGAGUGAAGCAAUGUCGCCGGAGGUGGACGCCAUGGCGGCCGACAAGAGCAGCUUGCAAGAACUGUACCUGGUCAAUAUAACGGACCCGUUCGCCAUCUUUGGCCUCAACGGCACCUACAACGCCACCCGCAACGUGACCUCCAGGGGCGGCGGUGUCUUCGAGGAUACGGAGGAUUUUGGCAACGAUGCCUCCUGGAUCUUGACAGCCACCUUCAUCAUCUUCACCAUGCAGUCAGGCUUCGGUCUACUGGAGUCCGGGUGUGUGUCGAUGAAGAACGAGACAAACAUCAUGGUGAAGAACGUGGUGGACGUGGUGCUGGGAGGCUUCACCUACUGGCUCUUCGGCUACGCCCUCUCUUUCGGCAAGUCGGAGUGGACCAACCCGUUCUGCGGCUGGGGCGACUUUGCCAUCAACCCCAGUGAGGAGAGUAUGGGCACCAUCUAUACCACUUUCUUCUUCCAGCUCUCCUUCGCCACCACAGCGACCACCAUAGUGUCCGGGGCUAUCGCUGAAAGGUUCAACUUCAUGGCGUAUGUGGUGUUCUCGGCGGUGAACACAAUAGUAUAUUGCGUGCCCGCUGGCUGGCUAUGGGGCUCCCAUGGCUUCCUCUUCAAGCUGGGAGCCGUGGACAUCGCUGGGUCUUGUGGCGUCCAUCUCUGCGGAGGAUCAUCUGCUCUGGUGGCGGCAGCGAUGGUGGGUCCAAGGAUUGGCCGCUAUGACAAUAACGAAAACCCGUUGCCAAUGGGAUCCCCCACCAACGCCAUCCUAGGCAUGUUCAUGCUCUGGUGGGGCUGGCUAGGCUUCAACUGCGGCAGCACCUUCGGCAUCACGGGAGACAAGUGGAAGUACGCAGCACGGACGGCAGUUGUCACCAUCCAAUCCAGCAUCGGCGGGGGUCUUGCCGGAAUGAGUCUCUCCUGGUACAAGAACCGCAGACUGGAGAUCGGUGACGUGGUCAACAGCAUUCUGGGUGCGCUCGUCAGCAUCACAGCUGGUUGUGCGCUCUUCACUACCUGGGAAGCCCUCUUCGUUGGUAUAGUAGGGGGAGUCAUCGCAGUGAUGGCCAUGCCGCUCUUUGACAAGCUCCACAUUGAUGACCCCGUAGGCGCCACUUCCGUCCACGGUGUGUGUGGGUUUUGGGCCAUGAUCGCCAUCGGACUCUUUGUUAAGGCAGAUAAACUGAUCGGCUUGACAGGCGGCAAAGAUGGACUCUUCAGAGGAGGAGGCUUCUACCUGCUGGGUAUUCAGACUCUGGCGUGUCUGGCCAUCGUUGUGUGGUCCACCAGCACCACUUUCAUUAUUCUCUUCCUCGUCAACAAGUUUUUCCCAAUCCGCAUGACGGAGUGGGAGGAGCUGGUCGGGGCCGACUUCGCCGAACACGCCAUCUACCGGAGGAGCAUCGGGGUAUCGAGGGCGGUGUCGGUGCUGGGCCUGGAGCACCAUGGCAACGACUACAGCGACGUCCGGCCCCAGGGCGACAACCCUUGUCACGUUCAGGUACUGGACAACAUGGCAGCUAAGAAAGCUCGUCGCGGGUCCACCGUCUCCAAGGCGGUGGAGCCGGUAACCCGCCCCAGCUUCCUGGCCUCUUUCCUCCCAAGAAUCAUCGUCAGGAGAGCCUCUGCCGAUACGUCAAAUUCCUCUACCAUUGAAGUCACGCCAGUGGAGUCACUAGAGGGGCCAGCCCGGGCCUGGACAUGAAGCUGGGGUUCCUUUUACACCUCCGCCUUCCCCACGACCUCGCCUCCAACCAUAUCUUGGAUUCAAAGUUAUUUUUCACGUGUAAUAAGUCAAAUUCUAAGUGAUUUGCUACAUGAUCUCAAUUUCACAGGUAACCCUUAUGUCUGCAACUGUGAAACCUUCGACAUGAAAGAUCUUGAGUUUUUAUACUCUCGGCCCCAUGGUCAAACAUUAGAGAUACUAAAUUCGUCGAGGCUAUUAAGCGACUGACCUUAACCCAGGAAACGACCCACAACAGUUGCAUAACUCCUUACUACAUAUUGACUUAUAGGUAAACUGAGACAUCAUGUGUAAGUGAGGUUACCUGCCUGAACGAUUCCCAGGCAGGAUUCCCGUCCUGCUUGGGAAGCGAAUUUCCGUUGUGAACACUGAAAUACUGUUUUCCCCAGAGAUCCCACACAUAUGUGGGAUCAGUUUA